AAGACGCAAAAGAGAGAAAUUAUAAUUAGGGCACAGCCCAUCUUGGCUCAGAAUUGGAACCUUUUCCAUUUCUCCUGUUGACUCUGAAGAAUAGUUUCAAAGAAAUACCUGAGAGAAAGAUUCUUGGAGCUCUUGCAAAAGCCUGAACAAAGGAAAGAACUAGCAAAGUGUUCUGGGCAGUUCGCAGUAGUAUUCAGAUCGUCUUCUAAUGUUGGAGGAGGGAGAGAGUCAGACACAGGAAUGGCAGAGAUGCACACCUUACAGCUUGCAAACACCAGGAGUCCGUGUUCUUUUCUAGGUCUGGAAGGAUCUGGAUGCAGUGUGGAGAGGACCGGGGAAACUGCAGGCCCAUACAGCAAGGAAAUGUGAUCCCCGACCUUGGAAGGAGGAAUCGUUGAAGGGCUGACGCUCGACAACAUGCACCAGCAGUGGCUUCUGUUGGCCGCUUGCUUUUGGGUGAUCUUCAUGUUCAUGGUGGCCAGCAAGUUCAUCACCUUGACCUUUAAAGACCCAGAUGGCUACAGCGCCAAACACGAGCUCCUGUUCCUGACCGCCGUGCCAGAAGUGGGGAAGCUGCCGGAAGACAAGCGCGUGGCUGGGGAAGUGAAGCCAACUGGGGAGAUGCACGUUCAGCCCCUGGUCUACCUGCAGCGCCUGGAGCUCAUCAGAAACACCUGUAGGGACGAGGCCCUGCGGAACCUCUCGCACACCGCCGUCUCCAAGUUUGUCCUGGACCGGAUAUUCGUCUGUGACAAGCACAAGAUUCUCUUCUGCCAGACCCCCAAAGUGGGCAACACGCAGUGGAAGAAAGUGUUGAUUGUUCUCAAUGGAGCCUUUCCUUCCAUUGACGAGAUCCCCGAGAACGUGGUUCACGACCAUGACAAGAACGGCCUCCCGCGUCUCUCCUCCUUCAGCGACGCGGGGAUUCAGAGGCGGUUGAAAACAUACUUCAAGUUUUUUAUCGUAAGGGAUCCCUUCGAAAGACUUAUUUCUGCGUUUAAGGAUAAGUUUGUUCACAAUCCCCGGUUCGAACCUUGGUACAGGCAUGAGAUAGCCCCCGGCAUCAUCAGGAAAUACAGGCGGAACCGGACGGAGACCCGGGGCAUCCAAUUCGAGGACUUCGUGCGCUACCUGGGCGACCCGAACCACAGGUGGCUGGACCUGCAGUUCGGGGACCGCAUCAUCCACUGGGUGACCUACGUGGAGCUGUGCGCGCCCUGCGAGAUCAAGUACAGCGUGGUGGGCCACCAUGAGACCCUGGAGGACGACGCGCCGUACAUCCUGAGAGAGGCCGGCAUCGACCACCUGGUGUCCUACCCGACCAUCCCACCGGGCAUCACCGCCUACAACAGGACCAAGGUGGAGCACUACUUCCUGGGCAUCAGCAAGCGAGACAUCCGGCGCCUGUAUGCACGCUUCGAAGGGGACUUCAGACUCUUUGGGUAUCAGAAGCCAGAGUUUCUGCUCAACUAAUGUGUAGGACGUGGGGAUCCUGAUACCCCUGUUGGACCAGGGGCCGACCCACAGGACAUCCGAGCACAGAAUCGACACUUUCUCCUCGUGGCCCCCUCGAGGACUCCCUUGGUCCCCCUGGGCCCGUGAGCACUUUGGCGCAGGACGCUCACCCUGGCCGCUGCCACUGAGUCUGGACGUGAGGUCGCUGAGGACCCAGCCCCACGCCCCCUCCCCACGAGUGUUGUCAGGAUGCCACUAAACUUCUCUGUCCCCCAGAGGGGACAGAAGACCAAGCCUUGGCGGUCAGAGACCCACCAGGAGGAAACACGGCUUGGUGUCAGGUGCCGUGUGCACCCUGGCUCUCCUGGUGGGGGUUGGGUUGGGGGUCCCUCGUCUGCCGGCAGUGGAUUGUGGGGAAGGCCCCAAGCCUUUUCAGGAGGGACAGAGGAGCUAAGGGACUGUACAAACGACAGAGACCAAUGCAGGCUCCAGUCUGUGCCCUGGGCAGACGCUCCCUCCGCGGCUGUCUGUCCCUGUGACGUCCAGUGGUGGCCAGAGGACACCCUUCUCGGGUCGCCCAUCUCGGAGCCCUCUGCCUGCCAAGCACUCCCCUCGCUCAGCACAAGGCAUGUGGUUGUGGGAAGUGAGGGCGAGUGAAGGUUUAUUCCCACCUGAGAAGGGAGGCAUCUCUGAGCCUUGAAAAGCGACGUGGCUGAGAGCCGAGCUGCUGUGGGUCUGGGCUGUGUUUUGCCCAUCCUGACUGCUCUGCUUGUCUCUGUCCAGUCUGGUGGGCAGCAGGGGGUUCUCCACCCACCUCCGGGGAACCACUGUGGGGCCAGAGACGAGCAGGGGUGAUCCGUGCCAUCUUGACACAUCUCAGCAGGACGUGCCCUGCCAGGCCCGUUCCUGAAAACGCCACCAUCCUGGACUAAAUGGCCAGAAGUCGGGUAACCAAGAUCACCAGCAAUACAAUCCCAGGCCCCAGCGAGGAGCGGGCCCCAGCCACCGGCGAGCGCUGUAGAAAGGGUGACGGGGCGGCUGCCCUGAGCUGAGCCAUGGCGCUCGCGCCCGCACUCUGCCCGUGGGCCCAGGGCUGGCAGGAGUGAGCCCGGCUUUUCUGAUAGGCAGCAGCCUCGACCUCCUCUCCUCGCUCCUGCCGGCUGGCUGACUCAGUGCGAAGGUCAAAGAGAAUUAAGACUAUGUGCCAAACCCUACACGUGCUGCGGUCCCAGGAGAAGGUGCCCGGGUGCCCCCCCAUUCCGGGUGACGGACAGGAACAGGCAGGCUGCCGAGCCCCCGCCCUGGGCUGCCCGCCGGGGGCGUCACGGCCGUUCCUCUGUAGAGUUGUAGCAGCGUCUCGGGGAGAUCAUGUCAGACCUGACGACAGGCUGGCUGGUGACCUCCUUCCUGUUGGAAAAGUAGCAGUGUGAAUGACAAGUGUGACUUUCCGGCCUUAAAGUUAGUCCUCAUUAAAAUCGUGUUUUCUCUCUCAGAAACCUUCAAGGUUGGCCUGUCGGGUGGCGGUUGUUUCAGGUCAUUUUCCUAAUGUUUUGCCAAAAAACUAGGGACUUGCAGCAAAAUAACCUCCUGCACACCUCACGGUAUGUCCAGAGGAAGGCCAUGGCCACCCACCGUGGCUCCUGGCCCUGGACAGCAGCACCCCCUGGUGGUACCAGCGUUCCUCUCCUCCGCUGAAGGCUCCGACCCCCUCCUGACUUUGCCAAGUCUGUUCCCUUGCUUCUUGGCCGAGCAUAGACAGCCCUCCGCCCUCCUGGGCCUCUCGGGCCUGAUUCAGCUCAGCUCAGCUCCCCGUACAGCUGCCCAGGCGGAGCCCUCUUGGGGCCAGUCUGGCCUUCCCACCAGCUCCUUCCCGCUGAACCGACACCAGAGCUCAGGGCUUCAGAGUACCCCUCUCUUGCUCAGCGUUCUGCCCUCCAAGCCCACGUGAGUGGUGAGCCCACCUUCCACACCACUGGAGCGGCAGCUCAGAGGGCCGACGCUGCCUUGGUAACAGCCGCUUCAGCCCGAGUGCUGGCCACGUGGCCCUGCCGGGCGUUGGUGCUGCCCUUGGAGGCUGUCCCCCGACGCGCCCUGAGUGGUGCCCUCUGGGCCUGCGGCGAGACCAGCAGCUCUGGUCAUCACAUUGCCUUUGGGGGGUCUUAUGUCCUCUCAAAGGGUAACAGAUGUCUGCCGCCUUCCUGCACCCCGUCUCAUUUUCUCUGUUUUGAUCCUAGCUGGCAGGGUGUCUGCUGUUCCAGGCUUCUGAUUGAUCGAUUGAUCGAUCAGGUCUGUGGUUCACACCCACACAAGUUUCGCUGUCAGUGGCUGGUCAGCUACAUUGGUGUUCUGAACAUGCUCACUUUUUUUUUUUUAAUGCAGAUAGGCCGAGAUGGGUGCACAUGUGGUUAGGAGGAACUAAAAUUCUGCUUAGAAAUCUCCCCAUCUGGAGGCCGGCGCUGUGGCACAGCAGGUAAAGCUGCCGCCUGCACCGCUGGCAUCCCAUAUGGGUGCCGGUUCAUGUCCUGGCUGCCCGAGUCCCCAUCCAGCUCCCUGCUAAAGGUCCGAGAAAACAGCAGAGGAUGGCCCAAGUCCUUGGGCCCCUGCACCCAUGUAGGAGACCCAGAGGAUGCUCCUGGCUUCCAGCUUCCACCUGGGAGUGGGGAAGGGGGGGUAGAUGAUGCAUUGAAGCUCCUCUGUGGCACCCCAUCACGAAAGCUCACGAGCAGCUGGCCUGCUCCCCACCCUCCUGUCCCUGCUCGAGGGUGGAAAUGCUAAAUAAAAGUGUUAAAGGUGGCCAGUUUCUAAAUGCAAAGUCUCUUUUUUUGCCUCUGUGGCCUUUUUCCUUAGAGAAGUACCUGCCGUGAAAGAAGAGCAAUUGGCCCUUUCUUUCAUAUCUUGAGUGUAAGACACCUUUGGGAUGUGAUGACAAAGACCGACCGAUGAACACUGAGCACCCCAACUAACCCUGCAAUAAGGACCCGGGAAUCUUGACCCAGCCAGUGGGCUCUGCUCCACCUGCAGGCCCAGAGGAGCUCCUAGAGAGCCGGGCUUUUGCACCCAUCUGCUGAUUCAUUUUCCAAAUGCCUGCAACAGCUGGGGCUGGCCAGGCCAAAGCCAGGAGCCUGCAACUCAAUCCGGUCUCCCCCAUGGAUGGCAGGGACCCAACUACUUCAGCCAUUACCUGCUGCCUCCCAGGGUGUACAUAAGCAGGAAACUGGAGUUAGGAGCACAGCUGGAACUCAGACGUCGGCGCUCUCACAUGAGGUGUGGGCGUCCCAAAUACCUACUCUCUCUGAGAAGGAGGGCAGAUAUGCCUCUACGCUGGUGCAGAGUGAGCUGACCUGUCCCAUCACUGUCCCUGGUAGUGAGAUUUGGCUGCAGGUAGAAGUUUGUGACUUAAUAUCCCUUAAGGGCCAGCAUUGUAGCACAGUGGGCUAAGCCACUGCCUGCGAUGCCAGUAUCCCAUAUGAGAGCACUGGUUGGUUUUUUUUUUAA